GUGAAACCGGGUUCGUCGCAAGAAGCUGAGGCUCCCUGUUCCCCAGAUUCAGGAAGAGAAGUGGGGAAGCCGUCCAGAUCUCUCGGCCGGACAGAAUGAAGUUGUUGAUUGUCCCCCUUUUCCUCCUCCUGUUGACUUUGGCCACCUUGAAGCUCUCCGCCGCGGCCAAGAUCAUGAUUAUUCCGCCCAUCAUGUUUGAAAGCCACCUGCAGAUAUUUCGGACACUGGCCAAGGCGCUGCACAGCCAAGGGCACGAGGUGGUUAUUGUGGUGUCAGAGGGGCGAGAGAUCGGGCAGUCCCCUUACUACCGGCCUCAACAGUAUCCCGGAAUGUUCACCAGCCAGACCGCUGAUGACUUUCUGCAGGAGAGAAUGAGGAACAUCUUCUCUGGGAGGUUGACCUCGCUGGAACUGUUUGGCAUUCUGGAGUCCUACACUGCAAACUGUGACCACAUGGUGGGCAAUCGAGAACUGGAAGGGCGACUGAGGGAAGAAAAGUUUGACCUGCUAUUGGUUGACCCCAAUGAAAUGUGUGGUUACGUCUACGCUGAGAUUUUGGGCGUGAAGCACGUGACGUUUUCUACCGGGCUGUGGUUCCCGGCGGAACUUGGAGCUCCUUCACCGAUUUCUUACGUUCCAGAAUUUAAUUCCCUCAUGACCGAUCGGAUGAACCUCUUGGAACGUGCCUGGAACAGUUUGAUCUACGUUAUCAGCCGUAUAGGCACCAGAUGGGCCAUCCUUCCAAAAUAUGACACAAUUAUAAAGAAGCACAAAGCAGGACCCUCCAGGUCAAUGAUGGAGGUUGUCCAAGGCUCCAGCAUGUUCCUUCUCUGCACUGACGUAGCUCUGGAAUUCCCUCGCCCUAGUCUGCCCACGAUUGUGUAUGUGGGAGGAAUCCUCACCAGGCACGCAGACCCACUGUCAGAGGAGCUGGCAGCCUGGGUGCAGGAGGCAGAGGACGGGGUGGUGGUGGUGUCCUUUGGUGCUGGAGUCAAGUACCUGUCCGAAGAUUUAACGGCAAAGUUAGCAGCUGCUGUAGGUCGCUUACCGCAGAAGGUCAUAUGGAGGUAUUUUGGAAAAAAGCCCAGUUGCUUGGGGAAUAAUACAAAGCUGAUGGAAUGGAUCCCACAAAAUGAUCUGUUGGGUCACCAAAAUGUGAAGGUGUUUUUGAGCCAUGGGGGAUUAAACGGUAUCUAUGAAUCCAUCUACCACGGUGUGCCGGUGGUAGGGAUACCAUUCUUUGGAGACCAUUACGAUAUCAUGACAAGAGUUCACGCCAAAGGGAUGGGGAUUUAUCUAUCCUGGAACAGAAUGACGAUGGAGGAUAUUUAUCAAGCCCUUACCACAGUGAUCACAGAUCCAAGGUACAAGCAGCAGGCUAUGUAUUUGUCCAAACUGUAUCGAGACCAACCUCUUCACCCGGUCAACCGCACAGUCUACUGGCUGGACUAUGUUCUACGGCAUGAUGGAGCAGCACAUUUGCGCCCUGCCCUGUACGAGAUGUCCUUCUAUCAGUAUUACAUGCUUGAUGUGGUAGCCAUUUUCACUGUGUGUGUGAUUUUACUUUGCUACUGUUUACUCAGACUGUUGAGCAAACUGAAAGAAAGAGUAUCGCCAAAAGUUAAAAGCAGUCAAAUUCAGAAUGGUUUUCAAAACAGAAAGAUCGCAUCAGACAGCAAAAAAAAGAAGUAAUCCGGUUCAUCAAUUUUCAAAUCACAGUGAGAAACAGAUACCUGAACUGGGUUUAACACUUGAAACUUAGUUGUUUAAGUAUUUUGUUAGCCUCAAGCUAAAUGAAGUUUUAUGUUAUUUCUACUGAAUUUUUUAUAAAAAAAGAUCUUUAUAAAUUGGUGUCUUUUCUUGUGGUUUCAAAAAACAAAGCAGAGACAUUUCAUUUGACUCUCUAGCCUCGCAAUAACUAUUUAUUCUCCACCUAACUUUCACCUUAUUUAACUUCUUAUCGUCCUCCUUUUGGUGAAGUUGACAAAAUUUCAUUUAUUACCUGCUGCUUUCUUUGCGGCAAGAUGGCUUCAAGACUAGCUCCUGACUAGACCUCGAGGAGAAUGGGUGUGGGGUCUGCAUUACAGAGGCACUGGACUAGUAAUGCAGAGGUAGAUAGGUGUGGGGGAGAGAGAGAAGUUUAAGCUCCUCCCACAUACUGAAAACCUCAAUAAUGUGCAGAUCUUCGGUGAAUGUUCAAUUGGGACAAUGGGCACAGUAAAAUUGCAAGCUUUUUUGCACAUACACUACAGGUAACUGAGGAAAAAAAAUUGAGGCCUUCACCAAAUGCAAUGCUUUGAUACCUUGUGAGCAUUUCCUCUCAAACAGGGCUGAGAAACAAAGAAACAUAGAAAACCUACAGCACAAUUCAGGCCCUUCGGCCCACAAAGCUGUGCCGAACAUGUCCCUACCUUAGAAAUUACUAGGCUUACCCACAGCCCUCUAUUUUUCUCAGCUCCAUGUACCUAUCCAAAAGUCUCUUGAAAGACCCUAUCGUAUCCGCCUCCACCACCGUUGCCGGCAGCCCAUUCCACGCACUCACCACUCUCUGAGUAAAAAACUUACCCCUGA